CGAACACAAGCGCAGUAUUGCGAAUUUCAGUGUCUCAAAUGUGAUGCCCCAUAUACUGAUCGCAUGCUACGGGAUCGGAUCGUUAUCGGAGUAUUGAACAAGCGGCUCCAGCACAAACUGCUCGAACGACAAGAGGGGUCGCUGGAAAGAGUUAUUGAAACCUGCAAAACGUUCGAAGCAACCUCUGAUAAUAAGCAAAUUCUGGAACAGAAGUCCAAUCUACUGGAGGUGAAAGGAGUACAACAGCCAGAGGGAGAGCGGCAAAUAGCAGCUAUUAACAAAAGGCUGUGCUUCAAGUGUGGUGGAGCAUUCAACCAAAAUCACCGUAGCAGCUGUCCAGCAACGAACGUGGCCUGUUACAGAUGUGGUAGUGUCGGCCACUUUAGCAAAUGUUGCCGUCGUAAGAAUAAUGCCGAAAACUACAACAACCAGAGACAACAGAGGGAGUCGACUAGUAAUAAAAACGCGAAAACGGAGAAAACUUCAAAAACGGUAGCUAUGAUUAACUGGAGUGACGCAGAGUGAAUACGACGGAAAACGGUGAAUACAGUGUGGAUGCAUGGCGGAAAAUGUAUAAUGUAGGUAACACCAAAAUAUGGUUUAAACUAGACACAGGAGCCGAUGUAAAUUGUAUUCCGUUGGAUGUAGUGCAGGAAAUGGGAGUGCCGAUUGUGAGAGAAACCAAUGCCGGGAUCAUUGAUUAUAGCUCAAACAAAGUAAACGUUCAUGGAAAGGUUAAUUUGAGCUGUAUUGACCAAUCAAAAGAAAAGGUUCAUAACGCUGAGUUUAUGGUAGUCGAUUCAACCUUUGAACCGAUAUUAGGAUUGAAGUCGUGUGUUGAUUUUGGUUUAAUAACUCGUCUCAAUAGAAUUGCAACAUCAAAUGAAAUACCUAAUCAUAAAGCAGAAUUUAUAACACAAUAUAGUGAUACCUUUGAAGGGUUAGGAAAAUUUCCAGGCAAGUGCUCGAUUGUGCUCAAAGAAAAUUCAAUGCCGACGCUCCUCUACAGAAAGCGUAUCCCACUGGCUUUGCAUGAUCGAAUUAAAAACGAGCUUAAGCGCAUGGAAGAGGAGGGUAUUAUUGAAUAUGUGGAGUAUCCUACGGAUUGGGUAAGCAACAUGCAAGUAGUUGAAAAGGCUAACGGAGCAUUGCGUAUCUGUCUUGAUCCUAAAGCGUUGAAUCAAUGCAUUAAACGUGAGCACUACCUUAUACCAACACAACAGGACUUAUUUAGUAGAUUAUCCGGAAAACGUGUUUUCACCGUCUUGGAUUUAAGUAGUGGAUUUUGGCAAAUGGAAUUAGAUCGAAGCAGCUCAGAUUUAACAACCUUCAUGACCCCAUUCGGACGUUUCCGCUGGAACCGUGUCCCUUUCGGACUAAACAACGCACCCGAGAUGUUCCAGCGGAAAAUGGUUCAGAUAUUCGGAGAUAUUAUGGGUGUAGAAAUAUACUUUGACGAUAUGGCUAUUGCUGGGGUUAAUGAAAGUGAACAUGACCUCAUAUUGUUGCAGGUUAUGGAGCGAGCUAGAAAGAAUAAUGUCAAAUUUAACAGGGAUAAGUUACAAUUCCGGACAAAUCGCGUUAAAUUCAUGGGUAAUAUAAUAUGUGAUGGAGAAGUGCUUCCAUUGCAAAAAGAUGUACAAGCCAUUACAGAAAUGAAAAAACCAAAAAAUUUACACGAUGUAUCAAGGUUUUUGGGAUUAUGCAAAUAUCUUGCUAAAUUCAUUCCGAAUCUAUCCAAGCGUACAGCAAACCUUCGAAAGUUAACGCAUAACAAUGUACCAUGGGAAUGGGGGGAAUUGCACGACAAGGAAAUGAAGAGUUUAUUGGAGACGAUUUCUAGUCCACCUGGACUAGCAAUUUUUGACCCAAGCAAACUGUGUACAAUUCAAACAGACAGCUCGAAAGAUGGUUUAGGCUGUGUGUUGUUUCAGGAUCAUGGUCCUGUGGCCUAUGCAUCUAGGACAUUAACUAAAAGUGAGCAAAGAUGGGCUCAAAUAGAAAAAGAAUUACUAGCAGUAGUUUUC